CUGGUACUGCUUCAACCGGGAGAACUGUGACACUCGCUUCGACACCAUGCGGCGGCUCAUGAGCUCCAAGCAGUGGCCGGUCACCAGAGUCGGAACUGGGAUCCUGUCAUCGCAGCCAGAAGAAAAUCCCCACUGGUGGAAUGCCAACAUGGUAUUCAUCCCUUAUUGCUCAAGUGAUGUUUGGAGCGGUGCCUCCUCCAAGUCUGAGAAAAGUGAAUAUGCCUUCAUGGGAGCACUGAUCAUUCAGGAGGUCAUAAAAGAGCUGGUGGGAAAAGGUCUCAGCACUGCAAAAGUGUUGCUGCUAGCAGGAAGCAGCGCUGGAGGGACAGGAGUGCUCCUGAACGUGGAUCGAGUGGCAGAGCAGCUGGAGGAAAUGGGUUAUCACGGGAUUCAGGUUCGAGGCUUGGCAGACUCUGGCUGGUUCCUGGAUAAUAAACAGUAUCGCAGAACCGACUGUAUAGAUACCAUAACCUGUGCUCCGACAGAAGCCAUCAAGAGAGGAAUAAGAUACUGGAAUGGCAUUGUUCCUGAGCGCUGCAAACUGCAGUUUAAGGAGGGAGAGGAAUGGAAUUGCUUUUUUGGAUACAAGAUUUACCCCACUCUUCGGUGUCCAGUCUUUAUUGUCCAGUGGCUCUUUGACGAGGCCCAACUUACUGUAGACAACGUGCACCUAACUGGCCAGCCUGUUCAGGAGGGGCAGUGGCUCUACAUCCAGAACUUGGGCAGGGAGCUGAGAAACACCUUGAAGGACGUAACUGCUAGCUUUGCUCCUGCCUGCCUGUCUCACGAGAUCAUAACACGCAAUCACUGGACAGACAUCCAGGUGAAGGGGACUUCAUUACCCCGUGCCCUGCACUGUUGGGAUCGGAGCCUACAUGAAAGCAACAAAAAUGGGAAAACCCCUCUAAAAGGUUGCCCGAUUCAUCUGAUCGACAGUUGCCCAUGGCCCCACUGCAACCCUUCGUGCCCAACCAUCAGGGACCAGUUCACAGGGCAGGAGAUGAACGUGAUCCAGUUCCUCAUGCACAUGGGUUUCGAUGUCCAGAAGAUGGCACAGCAGCAGGGCCUGGAGCCCAGUAAGCUUCUGGGAAUGCUCAGCAGUGGUAACUAGGAGGGGAUCUCCUGAGGGGCAAAGAUGAGAUGGGGC